GCGUCGCCGGUGACGACGUAGACACAGCUCGCAGGACUAAUUACCACUCAGUGCUCAGCCGUCUGUCUGAGGACCCGUCAGCGAGCAUGGGCGCGGCAGAGGACAAGGAGCGAGCAGAGAAUGGCGUGGCGAACGCAGACGUCGGCGCGGAGACUCCGUUCGAGGUCGCUGUCGCCCUCACAGGGCAGGGUCGCUUCCACCUGACUGCCCUCACCGUGUGUGGCUUCUGCCUCAUGACGCUCAUCUUCGAGUCGCUGGCGGCUGCCUACGUCACGCCCGCGGCCCAGUGCGACUUCGACAUGUCCUCUUUCGAGAAGGGCUUCCUGAGCGGAACUAUCUACAUAGGCAUGAUCGUGAGCUCACACCUGUGGGGCUUCGUGGCGGACACUCGCGGCCGGCGGCGGGUGCUGUCUGUGACGCUGGCGGCCAACAGCGCGUGCUCCGUGGUCGCCGCAUUCAUGCCCAGCUUGCCGCUGCUCAUCUUCCUCCGGCUGCUCAACGGCAUCUUCAUCUGCGGGCCCUCUGCUGUGACGUACGCCUACCUUGGGGAGUUCCACGGUGAGAAGACGCGCACUCAGAGCAUGGUCUACGUCUGCGUCUUCAUCGCCCUGGCCAGCGUCGCACAGCCGGCAUUGGCGUGGGUGGUGAUCCCACAGCCGUGGGACGUGGCGCUGGGGGCUGUGCGGCUGCGCUCCUGGCGCGUCUUCCUGCUGCUGGGGGCGGCCUUGAGUGCCAUCACCUUUACACUGCUCAGGCUGUUCAUGCCGGAGAGCCCCAAGUUCCUGCUGGUUGCCGGCCGGAGGGGCGAGGCACUCGACGUGCUCCGCCACAUGUUCGCCACCAACAAUGGCGUACCACCGGACAAGUUCCCCGUUACAGCCCUCCAGAGGGACUCGCAGUCAGUGUCAUCGGUGGGUGUCAACACCAAGUCCCCAGCGGCCAUCGCUCGCCACAUGUGGAGGCAGACUGCCCCACUGUUCAGACCGCCCUACCUGCUGUACACACUGCUCGCCUGUCUUCUGCAGUUUGGCCUCUACGCCAGCUCUAAUGGCUUCCUGCUGUGGCUGCCAGACCUGGUGACCCGCAUGUCGCAGUACAACAUGGCCUACCCUGGCCAGGAGACCACUGUCUGUGACGUCAUCGCUAUCCUCGCUGGACAGAUGCCACCACCUGCUGACGUUAAGACCAACUACUCCAGUGUUCUGAACAUGACCACCACAGAGCCGUGGACUGAGGAGGCCACCUGGAUGGAAACCACUGUCACCAGUGGCCUCCUGGAGAACUCCAGUGCACCAAUCCUGGAGGCAGCAUGCUCAGCGUCCAUCAGCAGUUCCAGCUUCCAGAACACUCUCAUCAUUGGUGUUGGCAUGGCUGUCUCCUUUGCCUCCGUCACCCUGCUGCUCAGGGUCGUCUCCAAGAAGACCAUCAUCGCGGUGUGCCUGGCGGUGUCUGGUGCAUGCGGGGUGUCCAUGAUCUGGGCCCAGACGGAGUUGCAGAUCCUGCUGCUGCCCAUGGCCUUCAUCGUGCUCUCCGGCAUGUGCAUUGCUGUCGUCAACAGCGUCGUCGUCGACAUCUUCCCCACCUACCUCAGAGCCAUGGCGGUGUGCCUGUCACUGUGUUGCGGCCGCCUAGGCACUUUCAUCACGUCCCUCAUGCUGGGUGCCCUCAUUGACUCCAGCUGCAUCCUCGCUAUUGCCAUCCUUGGAGGAUUUGUCUUUGCUUGUGGUGUACUCUCGACAUUGCUGCCAUCCGAGGCAAAGCUGAAGAGGAUGAACCACUGAGGGCAACUGCAGCACAGCGUCUGUAUCCUCGCUGCCAUUGUCAGGAGCCUGAGGUGUCGCCUACAUGUGCUGCUCUCAUUGCUAUACCUCGUGACCUCAACGAUGAGAAGUUGUCCUAAGUGUUUCAUGUAGUCAGCUGUGAUGGUCAGCAUCCUGCAUCACUGUCUUAAACAUGAUGUGGUGCACCAGUUAUUAUUAUUUUGGUGCCAGACAGAUGUGAAUGGCACAAGAAGAAACAGACUGCCAACUUGUGAAAACUACACAAAACAAACUGUACUAGCUUCAUUCUUUUCCACUUUUCAUAUUUUCAAUGUACCACCAAUUCAGUGACCAUUAUAGAAUUAUUAAGUUGACCUGAUGUAUUAAUUUAGAGAGAUUAAUUGAGGAAAAAGAUGAAAUUAAUUUUGUUGACCUCGUCCUUUAAGAAACUAAACCAACUGCAUUGAAGCACAAAUAUUGGAAUACAUAUGUGAUAUGAUAAUUCUCAACAUAGAAAGUAAGUUCAUGAGGUGUGUUCAAAAAUAAUGGGAAAUGUUGUUUUUUGGAAAUAAUUUUAUUUAUAUGUCUACAUCAAUGAUCGCCUUCAAAGUAGUCAUACAUAAGCCCAUUCCCCAACCUGUGAAAAACUUCUGUAAUUCUGUCUUUCAGAUAGUUUAUCACUCUUUCAGUGAUGCGCUUUUAAUCUCACCCAUGCUUGUGAAAGUAUGAUCCUUUAAAGUUUCCUUUACUUUUGGGAACAGAAUGAAAUUAAUGUGGUGUCAUGUCUGCUGAAUGUGGAGGUUGAGGAAGUAUUAUAAUGUAAUUUUUUGGCUAAAAAUAAAAAUAAAAAUUAAGUUUGAACAGGUGCAUUAUCAUGGUGCAAAAGCCAUAAACACCACAAAUCCAGACUUUUUUCAGAUUGUUUAAUGCAAAUGGUUUUGAACUUGUAAAUAGUAAUUAUUAUUGAUUGUUCCACCUUAAGGCAAGCACUCAUGAUGCAUUAUGCUGUUAAAAUCAAAGAACACAAUGUUGUAAACUGCACAGUUGACUUCACUUGCCAAGCUUUUUUUGGUCCUGGUGUUCCAGAAUGCUUCCACUGGCAUGACAGAUUUAAUUUUGAUGUACGAGGAGUAUUCAGCAAGUACUGCAACACUUUUUUUCUGAAAUCGUGUUGGCCUUGUGACACCUCAUUGGGAGGCCUGUGUGCCCACAUGAUACCACUCUACUGACUGACAUCAGAGCGAACAUCUUGUUGCAUCAGAAACCUCCCCAUCAUCCAUAUACUGCUUUCCGUAGAGUCCGUCCUUCAUUGGGCCUGACAGAUGGAAGUCAGAAGGUGUGAAGUCUGGACUGUAAGGUGGAUGAGGAAGAGCAGUCCAGUGACAUUUUGUGAGCUCCUCUGUGCUGCCUUGAGUUGUAAUGGAGAAGGAGAAGUUCAUUUGCCAUUGUCUUAGACUAAAAUUUAACAAGUAAGGAAUUAAUUAUCAUGUCACAUGUUUCAUAUAUAAAACAUAGCAAAGAUAAUGGCAUGAGGUAAUUGAUAUGCCAGCAUCAACAAUGACUUCUUUGACUGUGGCUUGCAAUCAUUCAUAAUCUGUUACAUCUUUUCCAUGAUGUCAUUGGAUGAUGAUGCACUGUCCAAGAUGCUCAUCAUCUUCAGCAUCUUCACAGAGUUCUUAAAAAUGCUUAUAUCAGUUGUAAACCCUUGUUUUACCCAAAGUAUGCAUAUAAAAAAUAUCAUCAUUUACAAAACUUUGCUGUAGUUUAUUCGACUACCACAGCAAAAUUUAAUAUAUAUUUGCUGAUCCAUUUUCAUGGAAAAUAAAUAACCACGAACGCUACCAAAAACACAUGUAACCUAUUUCACAGCUGACAACAGACUAAAUACCUAGUGUAGCUAACACUGCACAUACACUUUUCUCACAUUUUUACCAACAGGACAACGAAUAUUUUGCACAAAGUGGUCUGUUACAACACGCAAAAUUACAAAAUUCUUGUUACUUUUUGAACACACCUCGCAGAGCUGCAACGAAUCUUUCACUGUGCCAAAUUCAUAUGUGUGCCAAUUCAUAUUUCAUGUACAUAAACCUAGUAACAAUUAAAAACUUGUCUCUCUCCAGGACUAAAAAA